AUGAAUCAACAAGGUACUAGAAUUCAAAAUAAGAAGUAUGAGGAUAACCAAAAUCUUCUUCCCAGACAGCAACCUUAUUCUCUGGAAUCAUCAGCUCGAGAGCAUCAUCUAAUUGACCCAAAUCAACAACCCCGUGUUAUUGAGAAAACAGCUGCUGAUUCCCAAGUGCGUUUAUCAGUUUUUAACAAAGGACGAGAAAGUGAUCAGAAACCUAAAGAUGAAGUUGAUCAUGUAAUUCGUAGUAGUUGUCGGUUAGAAGAGAUUAUAUUAUCAGUAUCCCAAGAAGAACAACCCAAAUUGUCACAAGAACAACUUAGAGUUAAUAAUCGGUUGCAGGAAGAGGAGAUACUAGCAAUGGGGGCUAUAUAUGGUGAAAAUUUCAUUCAACUUGACAGACAAGACGGCUUACGUUAUUUCCAGAUAAAUAUACAUAUUGAUGUUUCCGAUAAACUUAUAGUGUAUACUGGCCCAUUUGAUGGAGAAAUCAAAUUUGGCGGAAUAUACAGUGAAGCAAUGGCAACAGCUGAUGAUAAUUCAAACGGAUUCUUUUACUCCACCUUCAAAGUUCAGUAUCUUCCUCCAAUCGUAUUAACAUGUUUAUUACCGAACGCAUACCCAAGCCAUGGUGCUCCUUUUUUUACCAUCUCUGUUCAAUGGCUGGACGCUAUGAGGAUAUCUAGCUUGUGUCAAAUGCUGGAUACAAUUUGGACCGAUCAAUCAGGGCAGGAAAUUGUUUAUCCAUGGGUGGAUUGGCUAUGUAAUUCAUCUCUCUCCCACCUAGAGUUUGAUAAUAAUAUUGGAACACCGUUAGGAAAGGCAGCUGAUAAUGCUGCUGUAGAUAGACGUGCCAUUUCAGAAAGUGUCUCUCUAGAUGUAGAUAUACGUUCGAUACUCAAUUAUAAUGAAGAUAAACUCAACCAGGGAUUCUGCCAAAACCUACAAGAAUGCUGCAUUUGUCUAAGUGAUCAUCCAGGCACUAGCUUUGUAAGAUUGCCGUGUAAGCAUUUCUUCUGUCGCAAUUGCAUGGAGACAUAUUCAACCAUUCACGCAAAGGAAGGCGUGGCAAUACUAUGUCCGCAAAUAAAAUGCAGGGAACUAGUUCCACCUGGUUUGGUUAAAAGCUUGCUUGGAGAUGAAAGAUUUGAAAAAUGGGAGUCUCUCUUGUUUCAGAAGACACUUGAUACAAUGUCUGAUAUAGUUUAUUGCCCUAGAUGUGAUAUGGCUUGUUUAGAGGAUGAGGACCACCUCGCCGAGUGUCCCAGGUGCUUCUUUACCUUCUGUGGUCUUUGUGGAAAUCGACUUCAUGUUGGAGUUCCAUGUAUGACGCUAGAAGUGAAGCUUAGGUUCUUGCAGAUAACUCAUCCUGUGCAGAAACGUCAGACCGGAAUGAAUAAGGAGGAACGGCGUAAGCAACUGGACGAGAUAAAUAAGAGUCUUAAUAUGGAGGAAAUAAUGCAUAUUGCUAAAAGAUGCCCUAAAUGCCGUGUCGGAAUCUCCCGGAGUUAUGGCUGUAACCACAUGCGCUGCGUGAAUUGUUCGGAGAGCUUCUGUUAUAAAUGUGGCAAGGCGUACGAAAAUUUAAAACCUCUCUGUUGUGGCUAUUUUGAUAUGGACCCUGAAACCAUUAGUCAGCAGGAGCAAGAGCGACAGGCAGACGAAUUGAGCAGGAAGCGUCGGCAGGAAGCCCAGAGACAACAAGAGCAGGAGGAGCAGAGACAAUUUCAGUUACCAAUUAAAGAUCCAGCAUCCCGUGCUCACCCAUGCCCAAGCUGCCGUCAAAUGAAUCCAAAGGUAGAUAAUAACAACCACAUAUUAUGUUGGUAUUGCCAGAAGCAUCAUUGCUACUUGUGCCGAAAGAUGGUUACACGAAGCUCCCAACACUACGGACCCAAGGGCUGCAAACAACACUCAGCUGGAUGA